AUGCCGAUGGUUUCCUUCCUUUUCGACGGCUGGAUGAUCCACAUGCGGCUAUCCGCAUGCCGCCCCGAGGGCGACGUGGCCAAUGGACACGAGGGCGGCGAGGAGCCCUCGUCCAUUCUGGAUGUCAUCGAGGCAGAUGUUGCCCGGACCUUUCCCAACGACGACAAGUUCCAGGAGAUGGGUGGCCCUGACCACCUGCGUCUCGUGCUGGUGGAGUUGGCCCGUCAGGACAUGGAGUUGGGAUACUGUCAGUCCUUGAACUUCAUCGCUGCCAACUUCCUCAUGGUUUUACACACGCCAGAGAUGGCUGUGAGUGCCGUUCGCCAGUUGAUCAUGAAGCUGCAGACUCGGCAGUGGUACAUGGAGGGCAUGCGCCAGCUUCGCGCUGACACCGCUGUGCUGGAGGAGAUGCUCCGCGAGCGGCUGCCAGCAGUACACCAGGUGCUGGUGCAGCAUCAGUUCGACUUCCUCUUCGUGACCUCGAAAUGGUUCCUGUGCCUUUUUGCGGCCACGCUCUCCGACGAGGUCUUGCGCCGCGUGUGGGACGUGCUCUUGGUGGAUGGGAUCGAGGCUGUUUUCCGAGUUUCACUUUCGUUGUUUGCCUUACAUCAGAAGGCCAUUCUGCAAGUGAAGUCCCAAGACGAUUUGAUCCACAUGAUGCAGGAGUGGCAGCCCAACUGCUCUCCGGAGGUACUGAUUCAGAAGGCCUAUUGCCCGACUUUCGUGGGGCCCAUCGGCCGACUGGACUUGGAUCAGCGACGCAGGCGCUCUGCAGAUGCGAUUUCGUCCGCAGAUGCCCGAGCGGAGAUGAGGGCCACGCAGCUCCGGCGCGGAGGAGUCCGGCCCGCCUCCGUUCUCUCACGCGCCUGA